AUGAUAGACUCUCCAGAAAACACUUGCCGAUUGGCCAAGGCUUAUACUAGCCUGCGCGACGUGGCACGACAGACGAUCCGCCCUCGAGCUCUCGCUCUCUCGACCUAUCCAACAUUACCAGAAACAAGCCUCGAACGAAGGGAACAAUCCCUAUCUGCUGCUGCCGAAUCCAGAUCCGAAACCUUCCUCUAUCUCGCCUACGGCUCCAACCUGUGCAACGAAACCUUCCGAGGCAAGCGUGGAAUCAAGCCUCUGUCGCAGAUCAAUGUGCAGAUACCAGAACUACGCUUGACCUUCGAUCUACCUGGUAUAGCCUACUCGGAGCCAUGCUUUGCAAACACCGAUCGCCGCGAUCCUGAAAAGGACCUACCAAGCCUGUCGGAAAAAGAGGCAUCCAAUGACUAUCACAAGAACAGAUGGCACAAGGGCUUGAUUGGCGUAGUCUAUGAAGUCACAGCCACUGACUAUGCCCAUAUCAUUGCCACCGAAGGAGGCGGCGCUUCUUAUCAGGACAUCCUCAUCGACUGCUAUCCUUUUGAAAAUUCGGACCCGGCCCGCCCAGUACCCGUCUAUCCUACCACCAAGCCUUUCAAGGCCCAUACCUUGUUCGCUCCUGCUGUGCCACCCGGCUCUCAACCUCCGAAAGAAGGAGGGAGAAUUCAGCGUCCAGACACCUCAUAUGCUCAAGCCUCAGCCCGCUAUCUGAAGCUCAUCACCGAUGGGGCUGCUGAGUGCAGACUGCCAUAUGAAUAUCAAGACUAUCUGAACAACCUUCGACCAUACACAAUCACAUCAAACAAGCAACAGAUGGGCCAAUUUAUCUUUCUCUCUCUAUGGCUGCCUUUCAUUGUGCUCGUUUUCAGCCUCAACGGAAAGUUCGCGGAUGAGCAUGGUCGCACGCCGCCCUGGCUACGCAUUCUUUCCGAGUCCAUCUUCAGGGCUUGCUGGAGGACCUAUGAUGGCUUCUUCAAACCAACAUUUGGCGACGGCGAGCGCACGGUCCCGGCAGAGGGUCAAGAUAGCCGUGAAGGGCAAACGCCCAUCGAGGACUUGCCUCGACAUCUUGAGAGCGAUACUUCAAUAGACGAGAAACACUCUACAGUUGUAUAA